UUAGGAUGGGAACUUCCGCCCCACAGACGGAGCAUGUUCCAUUGUAGGAUCUGUUCUGAAAGAGUGCCGUGAUCGUUAGAGGUGUACACUGUUAAAUUUGUAAUUUCGUCAAAGUUGGUUUAGAUGCUGUAGCCGGCAGUCUCUUUAUUGCACAGACUCACAGAUAGGUUGUUGUCGUACACAGAGAAGCAACGGUUGGUUACAGGAACUCACUGCGGAGAUCUCACCGAAGGAAUUUCUGCAUCAGCGGCAGUUCAUCCACCUUGCUGUACCGCUAGCAUAAGAGCUAACCUGCGUUAGCGGCGACUACUUGGCGGGGCCAGUCUGUCGCAGAUAUACACGAAUAUGUUUUCAACCUGAGAGGGGGGUCGCGUUUUGAAAUAAGUUGUAAGUCAGCAUCAAACGUCAGGGGCUAUUAGUACAUGUUGUAGCCACUUACCCAAGGUAGCGCGGUAGCUAACGUUGCCAGAUUUUCAUAGAAGGGCAACGGGUGAACAGGAGGCUUAGUGUCCCACCUGACGCCGUGUUUUUGUUGUUGUUUUUAAAAACUCUGUAUAUAACAAACAUAUCGCUGGGGCUUAGCACGCACGCCGCCACAGUCGUACAGAAUGAAUGGAUUCAGCACAGAGGAAGAUAGCCACGACGGACCGCCUGCUCCGCCGUUUUACGGCCAGAGCUGCUGCCUGAUCGAGGACGGAGAGCGCUGCGGCCGGUCUGCUGGAAACGCCUCCUUCAGCAAGAGAAUCCAGAAGAGCAUAUCGCAGAAGAAGCUCAAACUAGACAUCGACAAAAGCGUGCGACAUCUCUACAUCUGUGACUUUCACAAGAAUUUCAUCCAGAGUGUCCGCAACAAGAGAAAGAGGAAGACCAGCGAUGAUGGAGGAGAAUCCCCAGAUCAUGAUGUGGAGGUGCCUGAGGUGGACCUUUUCCAGCUGCAGGUCAACACACUGAGACGCUACAAGCGACACUACAAGCUGCAGACCAGGCCCGGCCUCAACAAGGCCCAGCUGGCAGAGACGGUGAGCCGUCACUUCCGGAAUAUCCCAGUGAACGAGAAGGAGACGCUGACCUACUUUAUUUACAUGGUGAAGAGCAGCAAGAGCCGCUUGGAUCAGAAAGGGGACGGUGGCAAACCUCUGGACUAAACUUCCCCUCAGGCAGUCACAGCAGCAGCUACAACCACAACAACUGUAGCUGUGGGAGGCUAAACAGAAAUCCAGGGUGGGAUGAGUUCAUUUUGGCUUACUUGGCUGUCUUCACAGUAAUGCAGUCUCUCCCCUCUGACUCGACCCGCUCUAAGGUAUUCCCUCUUUUAUGAAAGCCAGGACCAUGAAGACUGCUAAUUACCAGGACUCACUCUGCAGAGGUGUGUGUCGUCAUACUGUACGUCUACAGUCUACAACUGUCUAUAUGUACAAAGGAACAGCGUCCGACUCGAGCAACUUAGCUGAAUGCAGUGUCCAAAUACAGCUGCCUUAAGAGUCAAACAGAGAUCUUUUGGUAAUUUUGGUUUUCUUUGCCAAGUUGACUGUUAACAUUUUCACAGUGAGGAACACUUGUGCCAAACAGGACAGCGAGAUGGAGCUGAAUGAUGAUGCUAUGACAAGUGGGAUUUUUUUAUUUUUAUUUACCUUCUUCCAUCAUAAACGACUGUUGGAAAAAGAAAUGCCACCUUGAACUGAAGUCACAUCAAGAAUAUUCAGGGUCAGGUUCAGUCUUUAAAAGCGUCAAACAGUAAAGAUGAUUAUAAAUAAUGUGUAAGACAUUAAAAAAAGAGCCUCGUACUGAUGUUUAGUCUUUAAAGGAUGUGAUACAUUGUGACUCACUCUUCUCUUGUUUUUUUGUACCUGUGAACAUACACAUACUGAUUUUUUUUUUUUUUUUUCCUUUAAACCAGUUAAAGUUUAAGUAAGCUUUAGUUCAGCCUUAAUUCUGCAAGUUGUUCAAGUUGUCUGGUUGUUUAUGAUUUAUGCUUUUGUAUCAGCAGGUGAAAUUUAGAUUUUUAAAGAUUUACCAUUUUUAUUGUGGUAAUCCUGCUGCUUCAGUCCAGCAUGCUUUAUUUUGGCAGCAAAUCACAUUUUAAGCAAAGAAAAGAAUUUUGUUUUAAUUUUAGUCUAUUUAUUUUUAUUUUUUUAAGCUGCAGGAAGUGAUGGGAAAUGACUGGGAGUUGUUGGGUUGGUAGCCGCCGUUAACCACCUGUCGAUGUGUUCAGAAACACUUAAUGUGACGAAUCAAAUGCGCUGCUGACAACCUGCAAGUUUAUUUAAAUUUUUAAAGCACUGCUGCAGCCUCCAGGUGAUGGACAACUUUUCUGUUUUACAGACACAUCCUUUUUUUUUCUUUUUAAUUUUAAUUUUUCUUUUCUUUUUUUUUGAUGGUAGCAUGGAUUGUACGCCACCCCACCCCCCCACCCAAGUGUCACAUUUGAAAUUUUGCUUGUAGGUUUGUUAGUGUCACGUAGGGAACAUCCAUCUUUAUUAACAUGUAGGUCAUGUCAUGUUAAUCUAAUUGUUGUAUUAGGGGGAAAAAAGAAACAUAUUUAAGUAUGACUGCUUGUUGCUUCUAUUAAUAUAAAUAAAUGUAUUGUACAGGAAGAAGGAAAAGCCUCAUCUGCUCAUUUACAGAUCUUUAAUAUGUCAGGGGUGUGACCAGAGAGCCUUCCCACCAAA